GGUUUGUCAUGGACAUCCAAUUUAAAACUAAUUGGUAAUAAAUAAAUUGAACCUAAUCCUGUAAAUAUUACUUAUGUCUCAGUUAAACUUCCGAUGUGGGAGCUUAUAUUCUCGCACCUUCCCUCGAGAUGAUGGUCUUUAUAACUGUUAAUCUCGACAAUAUCGCCAAACCAUUCAAACCAUGUUGGUUUAAGAUCGAUUAGGCUUCUUUCGAUGGGUCAUAUUGAUUUCAAUUCAAUUGGGCAGAGUAUUUCCGGGCUCUGAUACCAUUUAAACUUAGAUAUUUCAUAGAUUUUCAAUUUAAAAUCAAUUGAUGAUAAAUGGAUUGGUACAAUCUUUUUAAAUAUUAUUUAUGUUCCAGUUCCUAUGUUGAACUUAUAUUCUUAUGUAGUAUUCCAAUUAUUGUUAAAAAGGAUACAAUGUAAGCACUACGUGUUAAGUGCAUUGCCUAUAUAACUGAUAGGCAGCAGCGAGUCUACACCCAAAGUAUAGAAGAAAAGGACCAAAAAUUAUAAUGGGGAAAGUAGAGAUUGUUCUUAAUUCACUUCCUACGAGUGGAGGACAUGGCCCCGACAGCUACUCUAAGAAUUCCCAUCUGCAGAGAAGAUCAGCGAGUUUGUUGAGAGAGACAAUAGACAAACUGAUAAUGGAAAAAAUUGAUGCAAAAACCCUAAUCUCAUGCACCAACACGUUCCACAUAGCCGAUCUUGGUUGUGCAACUGGACCAAACACAUUCUUUCUCGUCGAAGACAUCAUCAAAUCCAUUGACACCAGCUUACAAUCAAACUCCACAAAACCAGAGUUCCUCGUCUUCUUUAACGACCUCCCAAGUAACGACUUCAACACUCUCUUCACCUCUCUUCCUCCAGACCGGAGUUACUUUGCGGUCGGUGUCCCCGGUUCGUUCUAUAGCCGUAUUCUUCCUCAAUCCUCCGUUCAUAUUGUACUGACGGUGGGGGCCACACACUGGCUUUCAAGUGUUCCUAAGGAGGUCUUGGACAAAAGCUCCAAGGCGUGGAAUAAAGGAAAGGUUCACUACUCAAAUGCUUCGGAGGAAGUGGUCAAGGCUUAUGAAGAGCAGUUUGGUCGGGACAUGGAGAGGUUUCUAGAAGCUAGGGCUAAAGAAAUAGUGAGUGGAGGUCUUUUGGUUGUUGGAAUGUGUGGAAUUCCUCUAGGAAUGCCUUUCUCCAAUCUUGCCGACAGUAUCAUGUAUAAUUCCAUGGCUGAUGUUCUCAUUCAAAUGCAAUCCCAGGGUUUAAUCAGCGAAGAGCAAGUGGAUACGUUCAACGUACCGAUCUACUCGGCGUCGCCUGAGGAGGUAGCAGUCUUGGUAGAGAAAAAUGGCUGCUUCACUAUCGAAUUUAUGGAGCUGAUGGACCCCACGGCCUGGCUCAAACGGCCAAUGGACGUGGAGGAUGUGAGGCAAUGGAUUGUUUGCAUAAAGGCCACAAUGGGAUCUCUCUUCAUCAAUCAUUUCGGUGACCAUCUCCUGGAUGACAUCUUCGACCGUCUCACCACCAAGCUCGUCGGACUCACCGAGAAGGUUGAAUCUAGUUACCGUGAGAAAGUCAUGUUAUUCUUUGCGUUGAAAAGAAAAUGAAUUUUUAUUUGACAAGUUUUUUUUUUGUAUGUGUGUGUUUUGUUUAAUGGUUUGAUUGGUUUAAUCCGGAAGAGGGGUCAGAUAUUGGGUAUACAGUUGUGUGUUUCGCUAAUAUGAAAUGUUUGUUUUUCUAAGUAUUUGCAUCUUGUGUAAUUCAAUUCUAAUAGCAUUGAUUUAUAACUUUUUAUUUCUUAAACUAAACUAUGAUAAUUUCAUGGUCAUUUACACACAAAAAAUUAUUUAAUAAUAAUCAAUCGUUUUUGAUAAAACAACAAAAAGUUGACGUAAUGAAUUCAAAUUGAAGCAGAUUAACCUGAUUUUCUAACAAAAGUUUGACGUAAUGCAUUUGGUGGAUAAAUUACCAAUUAGUUAGGUGAUUGAUAAAAACUUAUAUGGCUUUGAAUGGUGACCAAGGAACGAAAGGGAACACUGAAUUCCUUAUCAUUCCCAAAAAAAAAUCACCAUUCACAAGGAAUAGUUUUUCCUUGUUGUUCAUUCUCAUUCCUUUUUUUGUAGAGAAAUAUAGAACAAAAGUAUUCCUUGUUAAAUUUGAUAAGGAACAAACAUUUUUUUUCAUUCCUGCAAUUUUAUUCCUAUACGUUCUUCUCCUAUUCGUUCUCCGUGUUCCCGAAAAGAUCACCAGUCGGAGCCUUACUCUAGUCAGUAUCAUAACUUGGUCGGAACUCAAUAAUAGGUUUGUAUGAGUUGUGAAUGCCAAUUGCCAACAACAACAACAAAUGUGGUCCCCUAUAAAAAUUAAUAUAUACAAAUAAAAACAAAAGUGUGGAGAAUAGUUAUGCAUCAUAGUUACUUAAGCAAUAAGUCAAUAAAUGGCUAUUAGGUGAAAUAUAAGGACAGUUUUUGGUUCAAACAGAAGUGUGGAGAAUAGUUAUGCAUCAUACUUACUUAAACAAUUAGUUAAUAAAUGGCUAUUGGGUGAAAUAUAAGGACGCUAUUUAGUUUAAACAGCAUAAAUAUAUACCUUUAACUAAAGGAAAAACCCCUCAUAUACCAUUAACUAAAGGAAAAACCCCAGCAUAAUUAUAAAUGGCUAUUGGGUGAAAUAAAAGGACAAUAUUUAGUUUAAACAGCAUAUUUAGUCAAAACCAUUAACUUUUGCUUCUUGGUUCUUACCACCUUGUUAACAAACAAAAAAAAUCAAGACAUAUAUGUUCCCAUUUGAAGUAUCAUGUAGAAGAUGAACAUGUGAAUGAAAAAUUAGACUAAGAAGCUGUGAGGAUCAUUAUUCACUAUACAUCCUAGCCUCCUAGGCAUCGAUCCUGUCACACUUAUUUUUGGGGUCACUUUCGAUUUUAUUUAUUUAUAUAUUCGCAUCAGUUUUACAUAUAUAUAUAUAUUGGGGUCAAAUAUCAGUUUUACAUAUAUAACACAUACAUCUUCUAGUGAUUUGUCCCUUUUAAGGAAUCUUGUCCUCAUAAAUCAAAACAGGCAAAAAGGUAAAAUUAAAAAGCACAUUCAAAACAAAAAAGAAUAAUAUACUUACAUAUAAUUUUUUAAAUGAUACCGGAUAUCAGUUCAUUUUUAUUAGUAAAAGAUAAUUUUACAAAAAUAACUUAAAUAAGCGAUACAAACUAAUUUGGUUAACGAUCUAUUUCCAUGCUAGAACUUUAAUAUAGUAACAAACUAGGGGUUGGCUCAUCCUACGGACGGGUGAGUUUACACUAAAACUAUUUUAUAAUAAAACAUAUUUUAAUUUUAUAAACCAUUUGGAAAUUUACUCUAUAUUGAAAAUAAUAAAGAUAAUUUAUUUUUAUUCUAAGAUCAAAUUGUAAAUUUUAUUAAAUUUGUUGGUUUGAGUUAAAAAAAAAACACUAACAUAAGUUACAAAAAUGACCACUAACACUAUUUUUUGUCGGAAAACACAAAAUUAUUAAAUUUAAAAAUUAUGGAAAAUGUAAUGAUUUACAUUUUUCCUAUUUGAUUUCUAUUUGAAUUUGACACUGAAGAAAAUUUAAACUAAGAAUAACUAAAAAUAUUUAUACUGUUGUAAUUAUUUUUCCUAUUGAUUUGGAUUUCAUGUGAUUUUUAUGUAAAGUUGGUACGAUAUUUAUUGUAUUUUAUUUAUAGGAUUAUCAUGUUUGUUUGAUUAUGAUGUGUGUUAAAUUUUUUCCGGUGAUUGUAGAUGAUUAUUGUCCAUACCACGAAAUGAAAUUUGGUUUGAAAAUAAUAAGUCAUAAACAAUUUAGGAGGUCAUUUGCCUAUUACGUGUUAGCUGUAAACUUUGUUGUUGGAGAAGCUUUUGGUGAUUGUGAUUGGUGCUUAGGAGGAAAAUGAGAUUAUUAUUGGGAUGGGCCUGUGUAUUGAUGUAAUGGGAUGUAAGCUAUUUUAUUAAUCCGAAACGUUUAAAAGUGAUGUUCUGAGUUUUUAGAAAAGCUCCCAACUGUUCGCGUUGUUUAAGUUUUGUUUAUGUUUGAAGAGGUUGCACCACAAUUGUUAAUUUGACUGAGUAAGCAGUGAAAGUUGAGAUUUUAGUAGAAAUGAUAACUUGCUUUCUUGAUCGCGUGAAUGUUCUUUAGCUUAUUGCAAGUGGUGCACAUGCUACAAAAGGUUUUUCGUUAAAGAAACUCGUACUACAGUAAAGUUCUGUGAGGGUUUGAUCGUUUGCUAAAACCAAUUUAGAGUAAGCAUAAACUGUAAAAGACACAAACAUUUUUGACCCAGUUCACGGCCUCUAACCGUUACCUCUGGGGAGGAAAUUCUUGUCCCUCAAACUUCACUAUAAUAUGAGAAAAGUACAAGCUUUGAGAAUGUCUCUCUUACACUUUUUGAUACAGGAGAUUACUGCUAGGGUAUUAAUGCUUAGGAUAAGGUUCUAUUUAUACUAAGCAUCUCUGUCAUAACCCUGGUGCACUUCACGUUUAAUGACAAAACAUGAUGGGUUUCAUAUGUGUAUAAACCCAAUCUCCAUUUUCCUUGCAGGUCCAUUGACCAAGGCUCAUCUUGCUUGUACGUAAUUUGAGUCAACAUUCACAGUCUCCACCUUUGACCUAAUCACCAACCGACGUUUGCUUUUGUUCCUCGGUUUCUCAGAUUUCUCGAUCUCACUCCCCCGCGACGUUCAGCUCCAAGGCUUCCUCCUGUCUCUGUUGCACAUCUGAGUCUCUCAAUAAUUGUGUAGUCAUCCUUGCAUGUAACGCCGGUGAAUCCUCUGUUCAUUAUCACCAUCUGACCACAAGACCUGAAGAUUUGAUACUGAAGCCAAUCAAUCAAGAUAAUUACCUUUCCGCCAGACACAUGUAAGAUAACCCGAUGCCACUUCCAAUUUCGGAUAACAUCUUUUGAGACCGGAUAUAUGAUAAAUUUCUGAUUUUCAUUUAUGCAUCUCUCGAUACUUGAAGCCGACCAACAACGGCUUGUUUGAACUUCAAUUCAGUUCCUCCUGCGACAAUACACGAACGUCACUAACUGAACACGAGCUACGAUGACCUUCUCAGAAUAAGAAAUCCAAAAUCCAACAGAACUUCAAGAAUUCCAGAUUAAUGGGAGAGAUAGAGAAUGCCCACUUUAAGGUGAAUCCAAACCACACAAGAAUGAGAUUCCAAAUCAACAAAGAAUCCCCUACAGGUUUCCACAAGCUUUCAUCAGGCGAUCACCUUCAGGAACUCAAGCCCCUUCUCGAGCUUGUUUCCAGGAACCAGAUUCAAAUACAAGAACAACCUUAACUCGCCUGAGUUUCGGGUUGUGUAACGCCCUCCUCAACACAACAGAAAACUAGCUCAAGAGAUAUGAUGAACCAAAUCCGGAUAACAACUUCUACUCCUGGUUGCAGCGACUAUCUUCAGAAAACUUACUGCACCUCAAACCAAUAAAUCCCAGAAAUUCCAACUGAAGAAACAACCAGCCCAUUGACCAAGGCUCAUCUUGCUUGUAUGUGAUUUGAGUCAACAUUCACAAGUUCAAAAAAAAAACUUGUACUACAGCCGAUAUAUGCUCUACAAAUAGAGUAACAUGCAAUGAAAAUCUGCGACGGUGAGGAUAGCGUUAAGUGUGUGAUACAUGAUAUGAACCCUUUUUUAAGUGAGUCAAUGACUUAAUUGUUGUAAAGUGGUGCUUAAAAUAUGCGACUAAAUUGAACCUUCAA